AUGAGACUCCUUGUCCCAGUCAGGCAGGCGGACAAAGGUGGCCGCCUAAAACUGGAGACCUUCGACGACCUCCGGAACAUUCCGCGGCUGAAGAAGAGGAGGAAGACGAAGAGGCUCAGGUUUUCAACGAAGAGCGGAGAGGGUGGACAGUGGGCAUUCCUGGAGACCGCGGUGGAGAACAAGGUACCGGUGGUGAAGUACCUCGCCGAUGGAGGAGAUCCCGACGGAGACAAGGUAGAUGCCGGCGAAACCUGCUCUCUGGGCUUAUGCGCGUUUAGUAGAUCUCUCGCUGCGCCGAAGAACCCUCCGCAGCUCGACCGCGCCGCCGUCCACCGGGCCUGUCGGGACGGCUCUCUGCCGGCUCUGGAGCUGCUGCUCAACCGCAGCGGGAAGCUCAGCUCGAGGGACAAGGCGCACAGCACUCCCCUGCAUGUCACCGUGAGGAUGGGACAUUACGUACAGCACCUCGUCCACCGCGGCACGGACAUCGACGCCCGGGGCAGGGAUGGAGACACGCCCCUUCACGACGCCGUGAGGCUGAACCGAUUCAGGAUGAUCAAACUGCUCCUGAUCCACGGCGCGAACCCCACGCUUAAAACGGCGUAAGAAGGGAAGACACUGAUGGAGAGCGUCCUUGAGUGGCAGAGCGGAGCCAAAUCCAUCCUCGGUUACUUAAAAAAAAAAAAAGGGAGCGCUCUAGGGUAA